AUGGCUGAAAAUGUCUUUGUCUCUGGGCUUCCAGGCCUGUAUGAACUCCAUCUCACCACCGAUGGCCCUGCCACCACGGGGGCAGAGGUGACCAUCACAGCCAGCCUAGUGGCCAGUGACAAUGGCAGCCUGGUCCUGCCCACCAACACCCACCUCUACCGCUUCCACUGGAUUCAUACCCCGCUGCUGCUCACGGGGAAGACUGAUGAGGCUUUCAGCUCCACCAUCCGUGCCGUGGGGAACGUGCCCGGGGACUUCCCGGUCUCCGUCUGGGUCACCGCUGCUGCCUGCUGGACAUGCCAACCUGUGGCGAGGAGCCUCAUCGUCCUCCCCAUCACAGAGCUGCUCGUGGGGAACCUCGUUGUCACCCAGAACACCUCCCUGCCCUGGCCCAGCUCUUACCUCACCAAGACAGUCCUUAAAGUUUCCUUCCUCCUCCAUGACCCGAGCAACUUCUUCAAGACGGCCUCAUUUCUCUACAACUGGGACUUCGGAGAUGGCACCCAGAUGGUGACUGAAGACGCUGUGGUCUAUUACAACUAUUCCAUCAUCGGAACCUUCACCGUGAAGCUCAAGGUGGUGGCCGAGUGGGAACAGGCAACGCAGAAUGCCGAGAAGGGCAUUAUGCAGAAGACGGGCGACUUCUCUUCCUCACUGAAGCUGCAGGAAACCCUUCAAGGCAUCCAGGUCUUGGGGCCCACCCUAAUUCAGACCUUCCAAAAGCUGACAGUGACCUUGAACUUCCUGGGGAGCCCCCCUCUGACCGUGUGCUGGCGCCUCAAGCCCGAGUGCCUGCCGCUGGAGGAAGGGGAAUGCCACCCUGUGUCGGUGGCCAGCACGGCCUACAACCUGACCCACACCUUCAGGGAUCCUGGGGACUACUGUUUCAGCAUCCGGGCCGAGAACGUCAUCAGUAAGACGCACCAGUACCACAGGAUCCAGGUGUGGCCCUCCAGCAUCCAGCCGGCUGUCUUUGCUUUCCCGUGCGCCACGCUGAUCACCAUGAUGCUGGCCUUCAUCAUGUACAUGACCCUACGGAAUGCCGCUCACCAGAAGGACAUGGUAGAGGUGGCUGAUUUUGACUUUUCCCCCAUGUCUGACAAGAACCCGGAGCCUCCUGCUGGGGUCAGGUGCUGCUGCCAGAUGUGCUGUGGGCCCUUCUUGCUGGAGGCUCCCUCGGAGUACCUAGAAGUUGUCCGCGAGAACCACGGGCUGCUGCCGCCCCUCUACAAAUCCAUCAAAACUUACACUGUGUGAGCGCCCCCCAGUCCCAUCUCAGCGUUAACUGACCGCCAGCUGGGCACUUCCGACAGGGUGGUGCUGGCCGCCGAGCAGCAGGGGCUCGCGUGUGCGGGGCUGUCCACCCUGCUGGCCAUCCAUCUGUAUUUCCAGCUGCCGCCACGAGCCCCCCUCAGCCCCACACCCCUGCCAUGCGUCCAUCUGUACAGUCCAGCCUCUGCCAUAAGUCCCUCUCAGUCUGCCCUACCCCACCCCUUGCCUCUGAAGAGCCCCACGCAGGGCCCUGACGCUCAGCGGGGUCCCUCCUCUCUCCCAGGGGUGCCUGGCUGCCCCUCACCCGUUCUCCCCAUAUUGGCACUUCUGCUGUCCAUCUGGGGUCCGAGCUUCCCUCCCCCAGGUGGCCCUGCCUAGGUCAGAGAACUGGGAGGAAGGUCACCCAUGGUUAAGGCUACAUCAUGAAAGGUCAUACAUACAGAGACAAGUGCACGCGUGUGCACACACACGUCACACGUGUCACACAGGUGUCUCCGCUGAUGUCCUCUGUGGGAGUUAGGCUAGUUGCUGGGUCCUGAAUUAAAACUAAUAUGACUUCAGACUUUCUCCACUUGGUCCCCCGGAGCUCCUGAGCCUGGCCCUUCUCUUUGUAUACUGUCCCCGUGGCUCCUCCAGCCCAUUCUGGGGACACCCUGUUUCCUGCCUGCUUGCUGGGGGUCGGGUGGAGGCAGGGCUAACACUUUGUGGGUGCAGAGGGCUUUAUAAAUAGCACCUUCUUUUUCUGAGACCGGGUUAACUUCCAUGGAGGAAAAGGCCUCGCAGCAAAGGAGGAAUGGGCCAGUGGGGCCUUGGGCUCACUGUGGGGGAUGGGGUUCUUGCCACUCCGCAUGGCCUUGAGGAGGAGAAGGCAGGUUUGGAGGGAGCCCGCCCAGGGCUGGGGGGAACCCAGUGGCCUGGGGGAGACAGAGUGGGCGGAGAGGGCAGUCCAGGUGCGGAGAGAGACCACAGAGAGGCCCUCCCGCCCAGCCAUGCAGGAGCAUGGGGGGCCUGGAGCCUAUUUGGGGGGGAGGGGGCCGGGCUGUGGGGGCAAAGCUCUGUUGCCGUAAUCUUUGCUCUCAGACUUUGUGCAGACAACAGCAUUCCCGCUGUCGUACAGCUCAUUCUCAUGAAAUACUGCCAUUAUUGCCGAAUAAAGCUUGCGUGCUCUCGAAAUAGCCAAGCAGAGACGCUAGGGGGCCGGAGUCUC